UCGGUAGCACAGUAGGAGAUUCGUCAUGAUCCGGUUAACGGCGAUAGCUUGUCUGGUGGGACUCGCUUGCUGCGGUCCCAACGACGUUCGCAGCCACGGAUGGCACAGAAACGCCUUGGUGUACCAGAUCUACCCUAGAAGCUUCAAGGACAGCAACGGCGACGGGAUCGGCGAUCUGAACGGCAUCACCGGCAAGCUGGAGCACGUCGCCGACAUCGGGGCGACGGUUCUCUGGCUGUCGCCCAUUUACAAAAGUCCUCAAGUCGAUUUCGGCUACGACAUCUCCAACUUCACGGACGUCGAUCCCGAUUACGGCACCCUGGCGGACUUCGACAGACUGGUGGCGCGAGCCAAGCAGCUCGGGCUGAAGGUGCUGAUGGACUUUGUGCCGAACCACAGCUCUCACCUGCACCCGUGGUUCCGUUUGAGCGAGCUGAGGCGUCAGCCGUACGACGAGUACUACGUCUGGCGGGACGGGAAGAUCGUGAACGGCACCAGGAAGCCGCCCAACAACUGGCUCAGCACUUUUCAAGGUUCCGCUUGGAAGUGGAGCGAGACGAGGCAGCAGUACUAUCUUCACCAGUUCGCGGCGGGUCAGCCGGACUUGAACUACCGCAGCCAGGCGCUCGAUCGGGAGAUGAAGAACGUGCUCGAGUUCUGGCUGGACCGGGGAGUCGACGGAUUCCGCAUCGACGCCAUCAAUCACAUGUUCGAGGACGUCAGGCUGCUGGACGAGCCGAGAGCGAACCGAUCGGACUUGCCGGUCGACGACUACGACAGCCUGAUCCACCUCUACACCAAGGACCAACGGGAGACCUACCAAGUGCUGGGAUCCUGGAGGAAGCUGCUCGACGAUCACGCGAACGCGACGGGGACCGACGAUAAACUGAUCCUGACGGAGGCCUACACGACCCGUAAUCUGACCAUCGAUUACUACGACGCGGGAUCCAACGUUCCGUUCAAUUUCGCGUUCAUCACCGACUUGAACGGCUCGUCCUCGGCCGCGGAUUUCGCGGGAUCGAUAAACGGGUGGCUGACCCUCGCGCCGAAUUUGAAGGGCGUGCCCAAUUGGGUGGUAGGCAAUCACGACAACCACAGGGUGGCUACCAGGUUCGGUAGCCGAAGGGCCGAUCAGAUCACGAUGCUGUCGCUGUUCCUGCCCGGCGUCUCCGUCGUCUACAACGGCGACGAGAUCGGCAUGGUGGACCGAAAUUUCACCUACUCCGAGACCGUGGACCCCGCGGGCUGCAACGCCGGACCGCUCAGGUACCACUUGAAGUCGAGAGACCCGGAGAGGACGCCGUUCCAAUGGGACAACUCCACCAGCGCCGGAUUCUCCAGCAGCCGGUCCACCUGGCUGCCGGUGCACGACAACUAUCGGACGGUGAACCUGGCCGCGGAGAAACCGUUGCCUCUCUCGAACUAUCGCGUCUUCAAAGAUAUGGCUGCCCUGAAGAGGACGCCCUUGGUAGAGUUCGGCGACGCGGCCGCGAAACUCGUCGCCCGUCAAGUUCUAGCCGUCGUUCGGAAAUACGGGACAACCGUUGGAGUGCUUUUGAUCAACUUCUCCGAUGGAAUCGUCGCCGUCGACCUCGCCGCCAACCUCGUCGUGCCACCGACCCUGCGCGUUUACACGGCCAGCGUCUCGUCCAACGUGUCGCCCGGCUCGUCGUUCGCCUCGUCGAAAGUCGUGCUGCCUGGAGCCGCGACGAUUCUAUUGACCGCUCAAUUUUAAGAUUCGACGCGAUUCUCUUCGUCGCGUUCGAUCGAAUCGAUCCGCGAGCUUCUUUGUUCGGCUUUUCAGAAUUCUCCCCACGCGUCGCGCGCAGCGAUUCGACCAGUUGGACCGGGCUGCGACGAUGCGAACAAAUGUUCACAAUGCUUCCACCGUGAUACCUGUAUGCCUGUAUACCUGUAGCCAAUUAUAAAAGUGAGACGUAUA